AUGGUGUCGAUUGUAGUGACGAUGAAUCCGCGACCAUCAGAUGAUUCCGGUUCCUCUAAAGCUGAGAUCAGUGUCGUCGAAGAUGAAGAUUCAUUGCUGAUGAGAGCAGAGAUGUAUAAAGAUUACAUGAGGAGACUUCCUAUCCCGACAAAUCGCGGUUCGUUGAUUCCGUUCACGAGCUGGGUUGGAUUAAUCAACUCAAUCAAAGAGCUUUAUGGUCAACCUUUGUACAUUACCUUCACGAACGUUCUCUUACAACGUUGGGACCACUCAAGAUUCGGCUCUGAUUCUGAAGACCAGUGUUUGGAUUCUAUCAUUCAUCCUUCGAGAGCUGAAGCUACCAUUUGGCUCGUUGAAGAAAUCCUUCGACUCACUUCUUCUCAUUUUCAAAUUGCUCGUCUUUGGGGAUCUGAUCCUAUGUAUCACUCGUUUAUCGACUCAAUCAUUAAUCCUGAGCCACCACGAACAUGA